UCUCGCGAGUACACAUUAAUUUAACACGGGCGAGAGGGAGAUGGAGAGAAAUGAGGUCUGAAAAGGACCAAAUGACCGUGGGCAAGGAGAAAAGCAUCGUGGAGAUACAAUUUAGAGACAUCCCAAGAGAGCAGGAAAACAUUCCUGGGAACCUCAAGCAGAAAGAAGAGAAGAAAGAGGUUUUUACUAAGGUGGUGAUUCGAAGGCUUCCACCUAGCCUGUCAAAGGACCUGCUAGAGGAACAGCUCAGUCCACUUCCUUCCUAUGACUAUUUUGAGUUCUUUCCAGCUGAUCAAAGUCUCUAUCCCCACUUGUUCUCCAGAGCAUAUAUCAAUUUCAAAAACCCUGAAGAUAUCCUUCUGUUCAGGGACCGAUUUGAUGGCUACGUCUUUAUCGACAACAAAGGCCAAGAGUAUCCUGCAGUGGUGGAGUUUGCCCCCUUCCAGAAAAUCUCCAAGAAGAAGCUAAAAAAGAAAGAUGCCAAAACUGGGAGCAUUGAAGAAGACCCAGAAUAUAAGCGGUUCUUGGAGAACUACUCCUGUGAUGAGGAGAAGUCUAUGGCCAACCCUGAGACUCUGCUGGGAGAGAUAGAGGCCAAGACCAGAGAGCUCAUAGCCAAACGGACAACACCGCUGUUGGAGUACAUCAAAAACAAGAAAAUUGAGAAGCAGAGAAUAAGAGAGGAGAAGAGAGAGGAGAGGAGGAGAAGAGAGCUUGAAAAGAAACGGCAAAGGGAGGAGGAGAAGAGAAAGCGACGAGAGGAGGAGAGACGCAAGCGAAAAGACACAGAAAAGCAGAAGAAAAUGUCUGAUAAAGACAUCAAAAUCAAGCUCCUGAAGAAGAGUGACAGGGACGAUGACGUGGAUUCGGACCGAAUGAAGGACAAAAGCGACAUUGGCGAGCUGGACAGAUGCAAAUGGGAGAAAACUGGAGGACAAACAAAGUUGAAGGACCCCAAAGAAAAAGGUCAGCCUGAGAGUGACAAGGAGCAGAGAGAGCAGCACGGCCGCAGACAGAGAGAGAAGGAUCACCGUGGAAAAGACGAAGAGAGGAAACGACAGCGACACCACUAUGAGUUUGAUAAAUUUAUGCGCCGCAAAGAUGAGACCAAAUGGGGGAAGGGAUACUGCCAGGACCGAGCCAAGAAAGAGGGGCAUCAUCAUGGCUAUUCUUACUGUCCUGACAAUGGAGACAAACUGGGAAAGGAGGACAGGGAGGACCUGGGUAACAGGAAGGAACGCCUCCGAAACAAGGUGAGCGACAAGGUGCUGCAGUUUCACCCCACAGAACAAAAACAUGCAAAUCAGGACCGUCCUGCGAUGCAGCUCUAUCAGCCGGGCGCACGCAACAGGAAGCGCAUGAGCUCAGCAGGCAAAGGCUAUGACUGCAUCCCCGCCGGCCACUCACCUGAACCCGGCACGGAGCAUUGCUACGAGGCCGUCAACCUGGCGACAGGGCUGGAGAAGGUUUUCGAGAAAAGCAAAGAUGAACAGUGAGCAGUCUGGAUAUUUAUAUGAAAUACAAAUGAAGGAUUCAGCUUCCAGUUGAUGGUGACAAGUGUGACAAGUUAUCAUUGAGCUUUUAAAAAUAAAUAUACUCCAUUGAGGGAGAUAGGCACUUCAAAAGCAAACAGUCUUUUCAUCAGUAUUAGAUGUACCAGAAUUCAGAGCUUUGAAUGUUGGUUAAGGUUUUUUGUUUUUUGCUGGAGCAUGAACAUUUUUAGUACACACUACAUAUUUUAACUGUGUCACUGUUUAGUAUUUAAAGAAUCCUUGAAAUGAACCAUGUGAAGAAUGCUGAGAACAGGGGUAAAUAAUAAUAGUUACCUUUAGGAUAGCACAACGGUCAGUCAAAAUGUUGUGGUAAGAGGCAGCUCAACUGUGGUAGCUGGUUAAAAACAUUACCUCAUCCUCUGCAACCGAUCUUCUAACUAAGCUUUCGUAGAUUGAACCUGGAUGUUCUUAUUAAGCUUAUAGAUUUUAUUAAAAUGAUAUAUAACGUAAGUACAACUUACAAACAGUGUAUGUAGAAAGUGUCACAGAUGAAAUCCUGUGUGUAUUUUUGUGUGUAAAGGUGAGCCAAUGAGAGGGAAUAAGAGUUAUUAUCCAUACAACGGACGACGUGUUACCGCUUUUCUUUCCUAGUUUGUGCGUGUCUUAUUACAUUUGGGUCAUCUUAUUCGACGGUGUCAUCCAACAGAGACAAUAAUUGUUGUAUGAACAAAGCUUUGUACGUGAUCACCCGUGAGCCAAGAAGAACACAUUCUCUACAUUUCUAUAAAGCAUUUAGAAAUCAAAUGUAAAGUUGCAAAGUAUGACACUGUUAACUGAAAAUGAUACGUUUUCUAUGCUUGUGUGCUUUGGGUUUUCUAUUCAUUCUGUCAAGCAAAAUGUUCAUUGAAGAGCCACAAAUAUUGGUAAAGUAAUACAUCUGUUUAUCAAGCCUUAUAUUAUUUAUGCAUAUGACCUAAACAUUUGUCUAUUAUACCUGUACCAUUGUUAGUUCUUUUCUUCGAGUUGUGAGAAAAUAAACCUCUUGUACCGUUAAAUGAAA